CCAAACCCGAUUUUAAUACUUCCUUUUGAAAAACUACUCUGCGAAUCGAAGUGAAAUUUUGGGUUACCCAUGGCCGCGUUCCAUUUUCUCGUGGCAGUCACGCUCCUGUGGAGCCUUUUAAGUGCGGCUCAGUCUGCCGAGUGGGAAGGAAACUACAGCGAUCCGAGACAUCCCGGCAAGUGCACCAUCAACCCGAACCUCGUCCUGAAUCCGGGGGUUAGCAUCGAGGAUCCCAGGCACGAGUGCCGCAAAAUCAUGUGCGGACACAACGGACGGGUCGUGUUCCACAGCUGUGGAGUGAGCAUCCUGUCACCUCCUUGUCGCCACGGUGGCUACAUCAACCCAGAUCUGCCCUAUCCGGAUUGCUGCAGUCGAACCCUUCUCUGCAACUAGGCAGGCCUACUUUCAGUAUUUUAUUUUCAUUUUAAAAACUAUACAGAAUGUCGAAAUCUUUUACAUGUUUUGGAUCAUGGAUAUUGUCCAAGCUUCUACUGAUAUUUCCCUUAACAACUUCGCUUAUUGAGACGCGCCUCGAGCGAGCACAGCACACGGUAUAUAAUGUUGUUCCUUCGCCCGUUGGAUUAGAACUGAACCUGAAUAACGGAAUGCUAACAAGUUCGCGAGCACAACCGCAGUUCCAUUGAGCUUUCCACACGGACCUCGGCGUGGGUGGCGCAAGAGAGCCAAAAGAGAGCCGUAAGAUUGCCAAAAGAGAAGAGCUGGCGGCUUAAGAGAGAUACCACGUUAAUGGGCAUUUCAUUGGAAGCAAUAUUUAAAAUUAAAUUAAUUAAAUUAAACCUAAGAUACACCAAAACUGA